AGCAUUUGCUAUAAGCUGAAGAGCACGUACAAAGAGCUAUUCAUGAUGUCAGACUAUUGUUGGUUUGAAGGAAUACCUUUUCUUGCCAUAGGGUUUGAAAAAGAAAUGCUGGAAGAUAUUCGAAAUAAGUUUGUGUUGAAAGAAGACGACUUGAUGAUAUUGACUUACCCAAAGUCAGGAACAAACUGGCUGGCUGAGACUGUCUGCUUGAUUCAAACCAAGGGAGAUCCCAAGUGGGUCCAAACUGUGCCCAUCUGGGAGCGUACACCCUGGCUAGAAAGUGAUCUAGGAUAUCCUAAAUUAAUAACUAAGGAAGGACCACGACUCAUGAACUCUCAUCUUCCUAUCCAUCUAUGCCCCAAGUCUCUCUUCAGUUCCAAGGCCAAGGCUAUCUAUCUCAUCAGAAAUCCCAGAGAUGUUCUUGUUUCUGGUUACUUUUUCUGGAGUACGACAAACCUUGUGAAGAUUCCAGAGUCACUGGAGACUUAUUUUGAAUGGUUCCUCAAAGGCAAUGGAUUUCUCUGUAUAACCUUGGCUGUCAUUGAACUCACUCUGAAGA